UCUACUUCAACCGUUAGAGGGCACUGUGAAUUUUCCCACCAGCUCAGUUCUGACACAUUUCCAUGCUUGUUAACAUCAGCAGGAAGUUAUCGUAAACAUGGCGGACUGUGGAGCAGCAGAUGGACCUGUGAAGAAAGAUGACAUCGUACGCGCUAAAAAUGAAGGGAAGGAGUUGACCAAAGAGGAGAAGCAACGGCUGAGGAAAGAGAAGAAACACCAGAAGAAACAGAAGGAUGAGAAGCGCCCGUCAGAAAGAGCGAAGGAAAAGAAGCCUGUCGCUCCAUCACAACCUGUGGCAACACAACCCCCAACACAGAAAGCUCCCACAGUGUUACCUGCCUCUGCACCAAUACCUGUGCCUGCCUCAGGAGCUCCCUCCCACUCCUCUCCUGCCCCCUCCCCAGCAGACAAGCCAGCCAAAAGCAGAGCUGAGCAGAAGGCAGAGAGGAGAGCAAGGCAGGACGCUGAUAGAGCCUCUAAGCAACAGAGUUGCUUCUCCAGCAGCAAGACCAAGGCCCCUCCAAGUGAACUAAACCCAGUGGUGAAGAGACUUCCGGAACAUGUCCAAGUGGACGACCCUGCAGUGGUGAAGAGACUGGCCAAGAAGUUGGAAAGACAACAGAUCCCCCUACGAUCUGACUAUGGCUACAAAGUCAGCCUGUUCUCUCACCUGCACCAGUACAGCCGCAAAGCCCCCCUCACCCAGCAACUCAGCAUUCCCUCUACAGUGAUCCACCCCUCCAUCGUGCGGUUGGGUCUGCAGUACUCCCAGGGUAUCGUGGUGGGAUCCAAUGCUCGCUCUGUAGCCCUGCUCCACGCCUUCAAACAGGUGAUCAGGGACUAUACUACUCCUCCUAAUGAGGAGCUGGCCAGAGACCUGGUCAACAAGCUCAAGCCCUAUAUCAGUUUUCUCAAUCAAUGUCGCCCCCUGUCGGCGAGCAUGGGCAACGCAAUCAAGUAUAUCAAGAAAGAAAUCUCCAAUAUUCCCAGUCAGUUCAAAGAAGAGGAAGCAAAGACCAAACUGCAGAAGUGUAUAGACUGUUACAUAAACGAAAACGUAGUUCUGGCUGCCAAGGCCAUCUCUAAAUACGCCAUAAAGAAGAUCAGUGACGGAGACGUCAUUCUAGUUUAUGGAUGCUCGUCCCUGGUGAACCACAUCCUUUGCGAGGCAUAUGAUAAGAGCAGGAAGUUCCGUGUGAUCGUUGUGGACAGCCGGCCUCGUCUGGAGGGAAGGGAGGCUCUGAGACGUCUCGUACAGCGAGGCAUCAGCUGCACCUACGUCCUCAUCUCUGCCCUCUCGUACAUACUACCUGAGGUAUCGAAGGUGUUCCUGGGUGCCCAUGCUCUGCUGGCUAAUGGCUACGUGAUGUCUCGUGUGGGCACAUCUCAGAUAGCUCUGGUGGCUAGGACCUUCAACGUGCCGGUUCUGGUCUGCUGUGAGACAUACAAGUUCUGCGAGAGGGUGCAGACUGACUCCUUCGUCUCAAACGAGCUUGACGACCCCGAUGACCUGAUGGUGACCCGGAAGGGGAAGACCCAGCUGGAGAACUGGCAUGAUGUCAGCUCCCUGGGGCUGUUGAAUCUGGUCUACGACGUCACGCCACCUGAUUUUGUGGACCUGGUCAUCACAGACCUGGGCAUGAUCCCCUGUACCUCCGUUCCUGUUGUACUCCGGGUCAAAAACUUGGAACAGUAGAGGGGGGGGGAGUAGGGGAUGACGUGGGGGGGUCUGAUGUAGACUUGAUCUGACUGUGUUCUAGAACAAGUGCUUGUCUGGCAAGUUAUAGGCCGUCUCAAAUGGCCCCCUAUUCCCUAUAUAGUACACUUCUUUUGACCAGGGCCCAUACGUCUCUGGUCAGAAGUAGUGCUUUAUAUAGUGCAUUACAAAAUGCCAACCUAUGUUCCAGUGUCCAGUCUAGCAUCCGUCUUACAAUGCACAGACCUACCUGAUAAAUAGCUUCAGUCUUAGUAGCGUGCCAGUGUGGAUGUUGGAACGGGACUUUAGAUACAAAGUCUCUCCCCUGCUCAGUCUUCCUACAUGCUAGGCUACACACUCACUGGCCCAAUUCGGACGACAGAAGUGCCAAACCGCGAGUCUACACUGCGCACACAUUCACACUUGUGCUUUUGGCAUUUCAAUAAAUGUACAUCUGAAAUGGCUUUUUAAACAAGA